AUGGACCCCGUGCUUGUCAUUGGUGGCUGCGGUGGCCUCGGCCAUCACAUCGUGAAGCGACUGCUUGAGAAGAAGGCCGCCUCAGAUAUCACGUCCUUCGACCUGAAUAUCGACCGAAACAACUAUCCGGGGGUCAAUUACAUUCGAGGCAGCAUCACUUCUCGGGAAGAUGUCCAAAGAGUAUUACAGGAUGCCAAACCGCGGGUCAUCUUUCAUACCGCAUCCCCCGUUAUGAUGGACCAGAAAAACAGCAAUGAAAUUUUUGAAAAAGUCAAUAUCGACGGUACUCGUAUCCUGCUUGAUGCCAUCCGUGAUACGGACCACGUCAAAGCAGUUGUAUAUACGUCCAGCUCGUCCGUUGUUCACAACAGCUAUACAGAUAUCGUGAACGGAACGGAGGAUGCGCCUAAGGUCUACUGGCCGGAACAGAAGGAAUUCUACACUCAUACCAAGGCAGUGGCGGAGGAUAUGGUUCUGGCUGCUAACAGGAAACACGGGUAUAAAACCGCAGCACUACGUGGCUGUAUCUUGUUUGGAGAGGGUGAUAUCACAUCAAUACCUAAGAUUAUCGAGAACGCGCAACAAGGGCGCGGCAAGCUGCAAGUCGGAUAUAACCAGAACCUCUGCGACUACACCUAUCUCGGCAAUGCCGCGGACGCCCAUAUUCUCGCUGCGAAAGCGCUGCUCAGCCCGUCCACGCCGCGAGAUGGGCGAGUUGAUGGUGAAGCAUUCACCAUUACCAAUGAUGAACCCUGGCCGUUCUGGGACUUCGCUCAUGCGGUGUCCGCUGCGGCCGGAUAUCCUGUCACGAAAGUGUGGGUUGUUCCGCCUUUUGUCUUCUACGCGAUUGCCGUGUUGGUUGAGUGGUCCGUGUGGCUCACCAGCUUCGGGAGACGGCAGUCGAAACUCAAUCGGAAAAUGGUGAGAUUCUUCACCAUGACCCGCACAUUUGACAUCUCCAAGGCGAAAAAGCGGUUGGGCUACCGGCCGGAGGUCAAUAUGAAAGACGCAAUCGAUCGAUCCGUGGCUGCCUUCUUGGCGAGCUCGGAAAAUUCGAAGAAGAAGUGA